GUUGGUAUUACUAUUACAUAUAACCGAUAAAUAGCAUUUCUCGAAAAUGUAUCAUAUCUAAACCGAUGUUAAUUCUGUAAAUACUAUGUGAACAUACUCUGUUUUACCUGAGAUAUGAUAACAGUGCGCAAGUUUAUUUCAAAUAAUAUAUGUGGGUUGUCAAUUUAAAGGUUAUAUUGGACAAAGCCCUGAAAGAAACGGAACUUGUGUCAUUAUUCUAUUGGGAUUUGCGAUUGUGAAAAUGUCAAAGUUCACUCGUAGACCGAAGGUAGUGGAUAUUAAUUUUAUAAUUUAGGGAAAAAUUAAUAUUAGUAUGUUUUAUAAGUGAAAAAUUGUGGCGAACGAAAUGUGUGAAAACGUGAAUUAAGUAUGGUGUACCAGAACAUUAAGGUCUUGUUCUAAACCUUUGAAGUAAGAAGUCAAAAAUAAACAUGCUUAUUAAAGAAUAUAGAAUACCCCUUCCCCUUACUGUUGAAGAAUACAGGAUUGCACAGCUGUAUAUGAUAGCAAAAAAGAGUAAAGAAGAAAGUACAGGUGAAGGCAGUGGAGUGGAAAUUAUAGUCAAUGAACCAUACGAAAAUGGCCCUGGUGGAAAAGGUCAGUAUACACAAAAAAUCUAUCAUGUUGGAAGUCAUUUACCUGGUUGGUUCAAAAGUUUAUUGCCAAAGUCUGCUUUAACAGUAUCAGAAGAAGCAUGGAAUGCUUAUCCCUACACAAAGACUAAAUACACUUGCCCAUUUGUUGAGAAGUUCUCAAUUGAAAUUGAAACUUACUAUUUCGAUGAUAACGGCCACCAAGAAAAUGUUUUUAAAUUGUCUGGGAGUGAUUUGAAAAAUAGAAUAGUAGAUGUCAUUGAUGUUGUAAAAGAUCAGCUAUAUGGGGCUGAUUAUGUUAAAGAAGAGGACCCAAAGCUUUUUGUAUCUCAAAAGUGUAACAGAGGACCUCUAAAUGAAACUUGGUUGGAAGACUAUUGGCGAGAAGUUAGGGGAAAGCCACAGCCUUUACCUAAUGGAAAAUCCCUCAUGUGUGCUUAUAAACUUUGUAGAGUAGAGUUUCGUUAUUGGGGGAUGCAAACAAAACUAGAAAAGUUUAUUCAUGAUGUUGCUCUAAGAAAGACAAUGUUGAUAGCACACAGGCAAGUUUGGGCAUGGCAGGAUGAGUGGCAUGGUUUGACAAUGGAAGAUAUAAGAGAAAUUGAAAGACAAACCCAGCUUGCUUUGAAAAAGAAAAUGGGAGGUGAAUCUAGUGAUGAACCUGAUCAAAAUUCUGAAGAAAAUUCUAAGUCGCUUGCAGCUACAAUGAGUAGUCUUGAGAAAAAUGAAGAUUUGGCAACUCCAAUAACUACAAAGAGGAGCAGUAAUGAAAAACACACUCAUUUAUCACCUGAAGGCACUCCACCAUCAGAACCAAAGAGUUCUUCCAAAACAAAUCUUAGGUCCUCAUCUUCCGGUUCACUUAAAAGUAUGCAAACACAAGUCGCUAAUUGGAGAAUGGAAACAUUAGUACGAGAAUCGGAAACAGAAACUGGUUCAGAGGAUGAGUUUUAUGACUGUGAAAGUUCUUUCAAUAAGUGGUCUUCAAUGUGUUCAUUAGAUGAAGCUGAUAUUGAUAUAUCCCCAACACAAGGUGAUUAUAAUCAAGACGAUAGUAUAUUCAAUCCUUCAUUUCUAAAGAGAGUGACAUCAGAAAGAGGUUCUAGGAGAAUGGUGGCCUUACAUAGUCAUCAGAGUAUAGAUGGAUGCCCAGAAACACCAGUACAUAGUUCCUGCCCAACAACUGUUUUAAUCUUAGUUUUUCAUGCUGGAAGUGUUCUCGAUGCUAAUAUUGAUAUGACUGCAAAAAAAUCAGAUGUAACUACAUUUAAGGGAGCUUUUGAGUCAGUUAUGCGACAACAUUAUCCUACACUAGUAGGUCAUAUAACUAUAAAGUUAGUAUCAUGUCCAUCUAUUUGUACAGAAGCAUUGGGAGUUUUGUCUACUUUAAGUCCUUACAGUUUUGAUUGUUCCCCGUCAAGUAUGGAAACACCAUCUUUGACGAAUGAUCUAAUACCAAUUGGAGCUAUUCCAUUAAUAGCUACUACAGCCCCUGAAUAUUCAGAUCAUAUUACCAAAACGAUUGUGUCUGCAAAUGCAGUUUACAAUGAAUUUAUAAAAUCUGAAGAUGGAAAAGGUUUUGCUGGACAAAUUUGUAUCGUAGGCGAUAGUAUGGGGUCAUUACUGGCUUAUGAUUCAUUGUGUCGAACUUUGCAGUACCAGUCACGUCAUGAUAGUGAAACAAGUAUUUUGGACACCGAAAUUACGAUUCCUAAUGAACCUUCAGAUCACUAUUUAAAUAAAUCACAUUUACAAGCUCCAACUCCUAGAAGAAGAUCUUCCACAGCAAGUGACAAUCAAAGCAAAUUAGAAUUCGAAGUUUCAGAUUUCUUUACAUUUGGAAGCCCUUUAUCGCUUAUAUUAGCUUCAAGGAAGAUUUCUGAUGAUAAGUCUUCGGAUAUUGUAAAGCCACCUGUUCAACAAGUGUACAAUUUAUUCCAUCCCACGGAUCCAGUAGCUGGAAGGCUUGAACCCUUACUAUCAGCAAGAUUCACUAAUCUGCCACCUAUAAAUGUUGCAAGAUAUGCUAAAUACCCGCUGGGUAAUGGACAGCCAUACCAUUUAAUGGAAUUAAUACAAAGUCAUCCAACAUUAUUUGGAGAUCAUCUGCCAAUGCCUCCAACACCUAUUCUUAGGAGGUUGUCUGAAGCUUCAGUACAAAGUACAGUGAGUGGAUUAGCCGAUAAUAUACCAUUAAUUACAAUGAAUGCUCUGCAACAGAAAUGGUGGGGAUCGAAACGUCUGGAUUAUGCUCUCUAUUGUCCUGAAGGGCUAGCAAAUUUUCCAACGAAUGCAUUGCCGCAUUUAUUUCAUGCUAGUUAUUGGGAAAGUUCAGACGUUAUUGCAUUCAUUUUGCGGCAAGUCGGUCACUUUGAUUUAGCUUUAUACAGUCAUGUUGAAGACAAAGAUUGUACUCUAUUCAAACCCGGACAAGACAAAGAAAAAUGGAUAAAGAAGAGAACAUCAGUAAAAUUAAAAAAUGUUGCUGCAAACCAUCGUGCUAAUGACGUUAUUGUUAAAGAGGGUUGUUCACAAACAUUUACCGCAAGGUUUAUGUAUGGUCCUUUAGACAUGAUAACAUUGACAGGAGAAAAAGUUGAUAUACAUAUGAUGAAAGAUCCGCCGGCGGGUGAAUGGACUUUAUUAGAAACGGUUGUGACAGAUAAAACGGGAAGGAUUUCAUACACACUCACCGACAAACAAAGUGUCGGUUGUGGUAUAUUUCCAUUCCGAGUAGUGGUAAGAGGUGAUCAUACUAGUUGCAAUUUUCAUCUUGCAGUUGUACCUCCGCAGACAGAAUGUGUGGUGUUUAGUAUUGACGGAUCAUUCACAGCUAGUAUGUCAGUGACGGGCCGAGAUCCAAAAGUGAGGGCUGGUGCGGUUGAUGUUGUUCGAUUUUGGCAAGACUUGGGAUAUCUAAUCCUGUACAUAACGGGUCGACCUGAUAUGCAACAAAGAAAAGUGGUUUCAUGGUUAGCCGAGCACAACUUCCCACACGGUCUAGUAUUUUUCUCGGACGGUUUAUCGACGGAUCCCCUGGGGCACAAGGCGGCACAUUUAAAUAGUCUCAUAAACGAACACGGCGUGAUACUCCAUGCUGCAUAUGGAUCUGGCAAGGACAUAAGUGUUUACCACAAUUGUGGAUUAUUACCGAAGCAAAUUUAUGCAAUUGGCAGGAUUAGUAAAAAAUACAAUAAUAUGGCUACACCCUUGAGCGAAGGUUACGCUUCUCAUUUGGCUGACUUAAAGCAGCCAGGUGCGGUGAGGGCGGCGAGAGGCAACGCGCGAUUGCUUGUACCGCGACGACUUCUGGCUCCGGUAAGUAAUGCGGCUACCACUCGCGUUCGUCGUUAAACUUGAAAGUACGUUUUUCGUAACAUAUUUUUAUGUAGUUAAUACUAUACUUAUAUUUUAUAACUUACGCACGCCAGGAACUCAAUAAAACAGUUAUUAAUAAGACAUGACAAUCUAACGAUCGGGUUGAUAUUUACUGCAUAAAGAUUUUUAAUGUUGUUUUGAGUUUUAUAAUGACACUGAAAGAAAUUAUAUUUUUCCAAUAAAAUAUAAUAUAUUUGAUAUUGAUUAUUAUAGAUAUAUUUAGAAUUAUAAAGUGAUUUGUAUAAAUUCUCUUGUCACAUGUACCUUACUAAUUUAUUCUUAUAAUAUAGUAAUGAAUGUUCAUAAAUGUUUAUGGACUAUCAAUGUUCAAUUUCGAUUAAAAUUUUUUUUUGCUAUAAUUUGGGUAUUUAUAGCUUAAUUAAGGCUGGGAAUCUCUUGUAAUGUGUGGAUAAUUAAAUUAAAUCUAGUCCUUUCUUUAGCCGUAGCAAACGGCGCCUUAGGUUGGCCGGGUUUAUCGUAAUUCUUUUUUGCCCCAUAAUAAAUAUAAGAACCUAUUUAAUAUUAUAAAAUGUUUUUAGAUCUAAACCUGGUCAAACCGAGCAAUAUAUCAUGCUACGCCUAUGGUCUCUAAGCAAUUGUUAUUAAUAUGUUAUUAUUAUUAUUUUAAAGGUAGAGUUGCUUUCAAAUGGAAUACUUGAGAACAAUUUAAUAAUGUGGUGGUGGUGGUAUAAUAUGCUAUUAUUAAGAAGUUCUUUCGGGAUUUUUUGAAAAUUUAUUUUACCCACCACUUACCAUUUAAAUAAAUAAACUUUUGACGUCAUUUUUAUUACGUAACCAUUAAGUAUUUAUUUAAUGAUAUUUAUGUAAAUGUCCAAUUUUCUAGAUUCAGUUAAAUUUUAUCGUGUUCAUUAUAAUGGGCAUACCCGUUUUAAAACGCUUCUCGUAAAUUUUAUAUAAUACGUAGCUACUAUACGCCCUUUAAUACAUUUUUGAGAAUUUUAAUUAUUUGUAAGAGUUAGACGACUCUAUUUUAAAAAGGUCAUGAAAUUGACGUUGAUAUUAAAGUAUUGUUAUUUGUUUAUACUAAUUACGUAAUAAAUAUAUUUAUUCGAGUUAAAACUUGUAGAGUUAAGGAGUUACUAACGCUUUCUCUGACUGCAGUUUCAGCACUUGAAAAAAUACAGCAUCGCAUGAAAGAUAAAUAGCACUAAAUCGACAAAGUAAAAAGCAUAUUAUGUAAAUAGAAUUGUUAUUGCGUCUUAUAAAAUUAAACAAUAUUUAAAGUACAAAAUAAGAAGUUUUUAAAAUAAAACGCAGUCAGAUUUAAAAUUAAAUUAAUUAGAUUUGGUGUUAAAUAUAAGGUUUAAAAUAAAAUGAUACUUCACAUCUUAAUAAGUAAUGUUUGUGGGCAAUUUUAUUUCGCAUCUGUCUUACGAUAUCUAACGUAUUAAAUAUCUUAAAGUAGGAAUAACCAUUUAAUAUUUUAUUAAUAAAACACGCAAAUAAAAAUAUUUAUAUGAUAUAAUAUAAUAGUUCACUUUUUUAUAUUGACAUAGAUAUUUCACUUUUAUUCAACUAAAAUUAAUUAUAUUUUGUGACAAUUAUAUUGAAAUCAGAUUCAUAAAAAUCUUAUUUAUAAUUUAUUACGAUAGAUAUAUUAUUAGAUAACAUUCCUGUUUUAAUUCCAUGAGUGCAAAAGUAUUUUAAUAUUUUACAAUAAGCUAAUACAAAUAAAAAUAUCAAGAUACGUAAUCAUUAAUUAAUCGGCUCUAAAUAUUCUAGUCACAUCCUGACAUUGCUAUUUAAAAUCUUCUUGUGGAUAACGACGUACCUACCUUAGUUCAAAGUAGCAGAGUAAAAACAUAUUAUGUAUUUUAUCAUAUGAUAUUAUGCUUACCACAGUCAAUUAUUUACUGCUGAGCGAUCGUAAAAUUUACGAUUCUUUAUCAUGCCAUAAUGUAAAAAUUGUAUUUACAGGAAGAUAUAUAAAAUAUUUAUUCUCAUUUAAAUUAUAGAUAAAGAGCUGGUUGUAAACGUAAUUUUUUGUCAAACGUUUCAAAUUUCCUUUAAUUCAGUUUAAAUUUUGGUAGACGCUAUUAGGAUUGGGAUUGAUUGAAUAUGUUCGUCUAUUUCGUUAUAAAUUGACUAAAAUAGAUUACACGUUUACAUUAUCGUCAAUAUUCGUUGUUUAUGGACUGACGCAUUUUAGUCUGGGCUAGAUUAAAACAAAAACCUCUUAGCCGCUUAUAAUAUAAUAUCACAAUUAAAAAGGUAAAGAUUUAUUCGUAUAUAUAAUGUAAAGUAUUAUUUUCUAUAAAUCCUCUUAAGUAUGUUUAUUUUCUUUAUUAUCUAGUUGCUUUUUUAAAAGAAACGAUAUUAUUCCUAGCUAUAUUUGUAUUAUAGAUAUA